AAUACCAAUAUUACCGCAGAUCCAGCCCGUGUAUCGCUGUAGGUGGAAUUUUAGGAUACAUUGAAUUUCUAGUCGACAUUGUUGCUUAUCUGCGUCGAUUGCUCGCUAGAUCGGCAACAAUGUAUCUACUGUGGUAGCUUGUCGGCUAUAACCGUAGCAGAUUUUAUACAGGGAACUAGGCUACCCUAGAUUCAGAACAGACAAGAGACGUCAUCAGUAUUUGCUUUAAAUGGUCGCGUCGGAGUUGGUCAUUGGAGAAAAAAAUUAAUCUAGAUAUUCGUAGGAAAUAGGCCUAGAAGACACUGAGAUAAGAAGAACCAAGUUAAGGAGGAAACAUUGGCUUUACCCCAGGAUUCAUAAAUGGAUGACUACGGCUUCGGAGUCCUGGUGAAGAAUAACUGCAGUGGCAACAAAUCCGCUUUCCCCGUGAGGAUCCCUCACCUCCAACCCCAACCCUCCCACCUCAAUCACCCCGCCAACCCCCCCAGCCCCCCUUCAUUCAUCAAUAGCACCUCGGCCACCAAUGGAGGAGGUAGCGCCUGGCUGUUCCCCUCCGUAACACCCCACAGUAACAUGCAGGAUGAGAUCCUUGACUCCGACAAGGCCAAAGCCCUGGACCUGCAGGAGAAGGCCCAGCCGCAGGCCCUCUCCCCUGGGCAGCAAGAGGCCAGAGGUGGCCUAGGGGAGCUAGAUGGGUCUCUACCUGAGGACUGCUCCAUGGAGAAGGGCUCAUUGGAGAGCAGUGGUGGGAAGGAGAAGCUUAGGGGUGGGAUGGACUCUCCUCCGGUGCUGGGGGGGUUUGACUACCAGGACAGCCUGGGGAUGGCAACGUCUGGAGCCCAGUCCACCACCACUACCUCCUCCCUGACCUCCUUCAACAACUGGUCCCCGGCCGUACCCUCCAACCCCUCCCCCGUGGUCAGUGAGGACGUUGGGAGCGGGUUCUUUGGCCCGGCUGGUUCCAACGCUAACGGACCCCCGAUGCUUUUCCAGAACUUCUCCCACCACGCCGGGCCCGGCUUCGGAGGGGUGGGGGGUAGCUUCUCCCCCCAGAUUGGCCCUGUCUCCCAGCACCACCCUUCUCCACACCCCCACCACUACCAUCCCCACAACCAGGGGGUCCCCCCGCAGCACCGCCGUUCCCCAGCUUCUCCCCACCCUCCCCAGCCCUCCUUCCCCCCUCACCCCCACCGCUCUGGAGCUUUCACCCAGCUGCCCCACCUUGCCCCAGCCCAGUCAAAGCCCCCCUCCCCUUGGGGAAGCUACCAGAGCCCUGCCCCCUCCACCCCCACUUCCACGUCCUGGAGCCCUGGAGUGGGGUACGGUGGCUGGGGAGGGUCACAGGGGGUCCGAGAGUACCGCAGGGGCCUCAACGGAGGGGUGACGGCCCUCAACUCCAUCUCACCACUAAAGAAGUCUUUCCCCAACAACCAGGUUCCCUCUCAGAAGUAUCUUCGUAACAACUCUGGGUUCAACCACAAGCCUUGGAUGGAAGACAGCAUGAGUCGCACUGACAGCUUCCCUUUCCAGCAGGAGAGAACCCGUUCCUUUGAUGGCUUCAGCAUGCACUCCCUAGAGAACAGUCUGAUUGAUAUUAUGAGGGCUGAACAGGAUUCCUUGAAAGGUCGCUAUGGUUUCUCUCACCAGGGCGGAGACAUGUCUUUGCCCAUGAAUGCUAGGAGCUAUGGCAGACGACGAGGUCACUCUAACCUGUUCCCCAUGGGGGACGAGCACUCCUUCGGAGAGGACGAGUCAGGUGACCAGGGACUUCCUGGUUUAGGAUCCGCCCACUGUUUCCCGCAGCUCAACGGAGAGCGAGUGGAGAGAUACUCACGCAAGGUGUUUGUGGGAGGACUGCCCCCCGAUAUAGACGAAGAUGAGAUCACCGCCAGUUUCCGCCGGUUCGGUCACCUGUUUGUCGAUUGGCCCCACAAAGCUGAGAGCAAGUCCUAUUUCCCACCCAAAGGUUAUGCAUUCUUGCUGUUCCAAGACGAGAGCUCUGUCCAGGAUCUGAUUGAUGCCUGUAUCGAGGAGGAUGGCAAGCUCUACCUCUGUGUCUCCAGCCCCACCAUCAAGGACAAGCCUGUCCAGAUCCGUCCCUGGAACCUGAACGACAGUGACUUUGUGAUGGACGGCUCUCAGCCUCUGGACCCCAGGAAGACCAUCUUCGUAGGGGGGGUGCCACGUCCUCUACGCGCAGUGGAGCUGGCCAUGAUAAUGGAUCGUCUGUAUGGAGGAGUGUGUUACGCUGGAAUCGACACAGACCCUGAGCUGAAGUACCCUAAAGGAGCGGGCCGUGUGGCAUUCUCCAAUCAACAGAGCUACAUCGCUGCUAUCAGCGCUCGAUUCGUUCAGCUGCAGCACGGCGAGAUCGACAAACGGGUGGAAGUGAAGCCAUACGUGCUGGAUGACCAGCUGUGUGAUGAGUGCCAGGGGACACGCUGUGGGGGGAAGUUCGCUCCCUUCUUCUGCGCUAACGUCACCUGUCUCCAGUACUACUGUGAGUACUGCUGGGCCGCCAUCCACUCCCGGGCUGGACGAGAGUUCCACAAGCCACUGGUCAAGGAGGGGGGAGACCGGCCCCGACACAUAUCCUUCAGGUGGAACUAGGGAGGGAGAGGGGGACGGGCUAUGUUGUAGAAAAUAAAUGCACUUUUCUUUUUUUCUGGUUCCUAUUUAGUUUGGAAAAUUAAUUUAAAAGUUUAAUUUAAUCUUUAUUUUUUAAAUCAGACCUUCUCAGAACAGUAAAUGCUAAGAAGGACAACUAAGUGAAUGAAAUCCCGUUUUGAAUUUAAGUUAAGGUGUGCAUGAGUACUUGGAUGCAUUAUUAGAUAUGAGAAGAAAUGUUUCUUCUGACUUGACUGUACUUUCUUUUCUCACAUUAGCUGGCAAAGCUGCUUACAUUUGUUGUCAAGAGUAACAUAUAACAUUUGAGUGAGGUAUGUGCUGCACCUCAAUCAGUAUAUUAACUAGAACAGUUGUGUGUUAAAGGGUACACUUAUUUUUGUUAAUUUACGCAUGCAGAAUUAGGUUGAUAUUUGUAUCGUUAACCAAAGUUUGAGAGUAACUAGUCGGGUUAAAGUUCAAUAGUCAAAGAAAACCACUGAAAACAUUACAAAAGGGCAGACUGACCGACAAUUCCCUUCAUCAUAAAUAAACUGUUCAGAAUACAUGCAGGAUUAUUUAAGAAAAGAUUAUCCUCUCGGGACUGGCAGCGAUUACUGGCAUGUGUUUCUAGAUCAUGGUUUUAAAUUGACUCUUUGUAGCCAAAAUGGGCAAACCAAAGAUUGGCCUAAAAACAAGUGAUCAACGGCAGUUGAUUAUCUGAGGGGUUUAAGGACUGUAAGACUCCAUUUUCAGGUUCAGAAGGUCAGGAAGGCUAGUGCUGUUUUAAGUUGUUGAAUUGUGGAGAGAGGGGAGAAACUGUCUUUGGAAAGACAGGUUUCAGCUGAUAGACUACAGCCCUAGCUGUCUAGGCAGGGAUCAGGUAUUGGCAGUAGUAUUAGCUCACUUUAUAUUGUCAGGGAUAUUAGCACUGGAUGCUAACAUGCUAAUAUUGUAGUACUAGUAGGAAUUCACAGUACAGUGGUAGCUAGCUACAGUGUUCCCUGAGUGACUCAUAGUAUGUAGCCUGGUCGUGGCCUGUAUGUGCUUCAGUGUUGAACCAACUCCUCUGCCUAUCCUUGUCCAGCUAAUUAACACAGAGAGUUGGCUAAAGCACAGACAGACUGGACAACCAGGCUAGUCUCAUGGUGAUCUGAUGCACUCUCUCUCGCAUGACUGGAGUGUAGAGGAAAUAGAUCCAAACUGAGGCGAAUGGAUACGCUAGUGGAUCCUUGCUGUGGAGGAUGAAUACGUUAGUAGUUGGACACUCUGAAGAACUUACUGUCACAGAGAUAAAGAUAUUAUUUUAUACAUGGCCUGCUGAUUUUUGUACAGUGUUUUAUAGCUGAUUAUUUUGUCAUGAACAUAUAAAUUUAUUAUGCACUACUUUUCUAAAUAUUUUUUUCAAUAGUCGUUUUAGGCACAUUUUUCAUAAGAUGAUAACUCCUUUUGCAAUACCUCAUUUUUUUUCCACUUGAUGAGAAAUAAUUUUGUACCUUUGUUACUAAGAGAUCUGCAUUUAUUGUAAAACUUAAUUUAAAAAGAGAAAAUUAAUGAUAUUAAUAUAAUUUUCAAUUUAGCUUUUUAUAUAUUUAAGUGCUGGUAAAUCUUAAAUUGUCUGGUCCAUUGGUGUGAUUGUGUAAAGGAAAGAUAAACAGCCAGACUACAGAUAGGUAGCCAAUCGUGUACAGACUUCUCUUUCAUAAUAAACCAUAAGUACUGGAUCUUAAGGCAUGACGAGACCUUUCUAAACUUAUUUUGAUAGUCUUGAAACAUAUAUUCAGCUUGUAGUGGGCAAGGAAAAUCUAGAUGGCAUUUUUUGACAUGAGUGGAUGAGUAAACCCUUAUUCCCUUGUAUCAUCAGAGAGAAUGAUGACCGGUGUUCUAAAAACUAGAUUCUCUAUCUGGAACUACCUGAAGGUUCCAGAACGUUCCAGUUAUUCUAUGCAUGCAUGACGUAAUACAGAAUAACAACAUGACUAUUGGCUAGUGUUAAUGCAGGAAACUAUUGUAAUGCGCUAGACAGCUUUCCUUUUUAUUUUUGUUUAGAGUUUUUAGUUCUCUCUUUCAGAUCACCUCCUAAUAUCUAGCUUCUCUUUCUCUCCUCAAGUCUGCAUCCCUCGCAGGCAGGCAGGCAGGCAGAUUCACACAGACAGACAGGCAGACGGGCGGGCAGGCAGGCAGACAGGCUUUGGGACAUAGACUUGAAUGUGAUUCAUGUUGCAAGUUAACUUUGAGCGCUUAUGUGCAAUCCUUCUUUCCUAAAACAGUUUCUCUCAUUCUGCAAUGUAAACCCAUAUAAACCAUGUAAACAUUAAAACAGGAUUAUUUUUUUUCAGUCUACUAUUCAUGCUGGUGUCUGCAAAGCGAAAUGUUCUACUAAUAUAUAAAUAUAUAUAUGUGAAUUUAUUUUUAAACAUUUGUUUUGUGCUUAUUCGAUGAUUUUGCUACUACCAUGCUACUGUGAUUGAGAAAACAUUGUAUAUACUAGGUUGGUGAUGUAUUUUGUUAUAUUCUCAAUUGAAAUGUAACACUUUCAUUUGGAUGAGAUUUUUCUAUUUUUUUGGGGUGAUGUGUUGAACUUGUUGAUGUCUAUGUUUUCUAAUUGCUGUAUUGUGCAUCACAUUCAGAGGAAUAAUGUCUGUUAGUAUUACUUGAUUGCGAAACAUGCCAAUAGUUUUUAAUGGUAUGCUGGGAAGGUUGUAUUUAUUGAUAUAUCUUUUUUACUUGAGACAUCAUCUUGAUUUUUAUUAUGUCAUUUUACACUUAUAAGUUCCGAUUUGUACCCCCCCCCCCCCCCACACACACACACACACACACAAUUAUGUUGUGCUAAUUAAAGAUGUCAGUUUUUAUAGUUGGUUUGUAGAACUGAAGUAAAAAAAACGAUCUAAUGUCCUAUAAUCAUCUGCAGCCAACUACGUAGAACUGUAUGCAGACAACAUUUGAAGUAUGUGAAUUGUGAGAUGUUGAAAGAAUAAAACUCCGCUGUGAGGAGAA